ACGCCUUCCUCCCCCCAUCUCGCGCGGUGGCGUGCGAGCGCCGCGCCGCGCCGCGCCGCGAGCCUCUGCGACAAGCCACCGGCCGUUACGCUUACGCACGCACGCCUCCGCCCGCGCAGUCGCGACGCAGAUCUCCACCUCGCUGUCUUCCUCCUCGCCCAGAAAGUCCACCUUCUCGGGAGAGCUCUCCCCGCGGUGCUCCCGAAUCCCAACUCUUCCCCAAUUCGAGCCGGGGCGGAGGCGGAGGCUGUUCUAGGUAGGUAGAUAAAUCUUGUAAGGGCUCGGCUUAGCAACCGGAGAUGGAUGCUAAAAAGAAGAGGAACAAGAAGAAGAAGGGAAACCAAGGGAAGAACACUGGUGAUGCCGUGUCCAGCACUGCAGAGACUCCCAUACAAUGCCACAGUCAUGAGUCAGCCCCUAAUGACCAUCAUAAUAGCACUGAUGCUGAUGAUGCAAUGUCCACUGCUGGAGAGGAAGCUCCUCAGUACCAGAAUCAUGAGCCAGAUCGACAGGCAAAUCAUGGUGGCACAAACACUAAUGAUGCCAUGUCCUAUGUUGGAGAAGGGAUUCCAUCAUACCAGAACGUUAAACCUGCCAUGACAGAGGAAAAUCACAAAUUCAGUACUGUAGCCCAUGUCAAUCAGAGGAAUGUUGAGAUGUCAGACUCCACCGUGGAGCUUGAUAUGCACAGACUAUAUGAAACAAAGCUUACUUUGCCAAUGCAGGAUAAAUUACAUGAGGCGAUAAAGCAGUUGGAAGAUGAGAAGAGUUCGUGGCUUCAAAAAGUGAGCAUCAUGGAGAGUGAGCUUGAAAAGUUGCAUAACAAAGUGGAUUACCAUGCACAGAAUGAGGUCCGUUUGGAGGAAAAACUCAAUAAUCUACAGAAUGGGUACGAUCUGCUGAUCAAGAAGGAGGAAGUUCUGGGUAACAAAGUCAGGUGCAUAGAGGUCAUCAACGGUGCAUUAACUCAUCAGGAGACAUCUCUUAAAGAAAGAUUAAGUGGACUGGAAGAAACAAAUAAAGCACUGCUGGUACAGGUGAAGAUGCUGGAGGGAACUUCAAGCAAUACUGUUGAGGAAAGACAGAAGUUAAUAAAAGGUUUAGAUGAACUGGUGUCUAGAUUAGAUGCCUUUGAAUCAAAGGUUGCUGUUACUGAAGCCUCCCAUGCUAAAAAGAGGAAUGAACUGAUUGCCGAUAGAAGUCUAAGCAGUUCUGGGACGGUUACUUCUGUGAAUAAUCUUAUCAACGAAAGUUCUAGCAAUGCCUAUGCUAGUAAUCAUCUAGAAGAAACUCCCAUGCAUCUUCCAGAAACAUCUAUCGAUGAUGUUGCUUCCCAGGCCAUCAUUGAUGUGAAUGCAUAUCAAAGGUCAGCACAAAACUUUGAUGAGCCAAGAACAGGCGAAGAAAUUGUGCCAGUUGCAUUAGAUGAUAUACAGAUUCAUGAGGAUGAUCCACAACCACCAAUAGCAGAUGAUGAGGCAGAGGAGGUUCCAUUCUCUGAUGCUCCCAUCGUCGGCGCUCCAUUCCGUUUGAUUUCAUUUGUUGCUAGGUAUGUCAGUGGUGCUGAUUUGGUGAACCAAAAGUAGUUUUUCAUUAUACCAUCAGGCAGCUUGAGAUCUGUAUUUUUGGAAAGAGGAGGAUGUGUGCGAUGGAUGCAUUCGAUUAAGCGGAGAUAUGGAACCUCAGUUCAGUUCUUGGUAGAGUGCUCGUGUCAUUACCAGCUUUUCUUCCUCCCCUGUCAAUUUUUUUCAGGGGCAGCAGAAGUUCUUGUUCCCAAGUUAUACACAUGAGGCCUUUGUGCUAUUUCCCUUUAUACCAGUCUGACCAUCUAGGGGGUGUAUUGGCCAUAUUUAUUCUACAGAAAACUGAAAUUUUGGUAUUACAACAGAUUGUGAAUGCAUUUAACCAUGACCAUGUGUCUUGAGGAAAUUUAGCCACAUGUAUUUGAUUUAAUUAUUGCAUUGAUUGGAUGAUGCUAUACUUUUGUAUGUUUUUGAGCUUUGGGUGUCUCUGAUUUAACGUUUGGCCCUGUGCUGUC